CUGAGGUGGAGCGGUGGACGCCGGCCGGGUCGGGGCACGGUCGCCACCUCCUCUGAGCGUGCGCUCGGGGUCGGCGUGGGUGUCGGGGAGGCCAGAAUACAGAGUUUAAUGAAAAACCCAUGCUUACAGGGUGAAAAUGGCAGGCUUCCUCGAUAAUUUCCGUUGGCCAGAAUGCGAAUGUAUUGACUGGAGUGAGAGAAGAAAUGCCGUGGCUUCUGUGGUGGCAGGCAUAUUGUUUUUUACAGGUUGGUGGAUAAUGAUUGACGCCGCCGUGGUGUACCCUAAGCCAGAGCAGUUGAACCAUGCUUUUCACACGUGUGGCGUGUUCUCCACAUUGGCUUUCUUCAUGAUAAAUGCUGUGUCCAACGCUCAAGUGAGGGGGGACAGCUAUGAAAGCGGCUGUUUGGGAAGAACAGGUGCUCGAGUUUGGCUCUUCAUUGGUUUCAUGUUGAUGUUUGGGUCACUUAUUGCUUCCAUGUGGAUUCUUUUUGGUGCAUAUGUUACCCAAAAUACCGAUGUUUAUCCAGGACUGGCUGUGUUUUUUCAAAAUGCACUUAUAUUUUUUAGCACUCUGAUCUACAAAUUCGGAAGAACUGAAGAGCUGUGGACCUGAAAGCACUUCUUAGAUCACAUUUCCUUUUGUUUUGUUAUAUUUGUAGAUAAGUUUUUCUCUCAACAUAAUUUACACAUUGCCAAAUGGGAUAGAUUGUACAUUAAGUGUUUUGUUUCUUUACACUUUUAUGCUCUGAGUUUUGAAAUAGUUUUAUGAAGUUUCUGUCCUUUUUUAAAAUCAUUGAAUAGAUUGUUAAUAUGUACAUAUACAAAACUAUAUAGAUGGGAUGAUGAGUAUCAGUUUUUUAUUCCUGAAGACUUAAAGCUUGAUCUGUUCCCUGAGCCAGGGUUGUAUCUUCAUGUCAUCUUAGAGUUUUGUUUUUAGUAUCUUUAGUUUUAGUAUCUUUAAUUUCUGAAGAUGUGCAAAAAAAAAAAAAAAUUUAGCUCCAUGCAUCUGAAAUAAGCACUGAGCCAUUAACAAGGGUAUUUCAGCAAGUUGUAAUUUAUUUUGGCUUAAAAAUGAGAUUUUUUAAAAGGAAAAAUGUUUGUUCUUAUGUAUUAAAGAAAUGGACUUUUUAUAUGAAGAUUUUUUAAAUGCCUGAAGGACUAGUUUGAAAGCCUCUUUUAAAAACAGUUUCUCUAACGUGACUUUGAGAAGGGGUAAUGCGUGAUCAGGUGCGCUCAGUUUUAUGUGGUCAGUGUGAAAAGGCUGUGCGACAGCUCAGCAGCUUCGGGUAAAAACAGCUCCAACGGUCUGUCUAAUGGGGCUCUCUGGGCGGGCUGCUCUUCUCUGACUCUACAAAGUUCAGCAUCAAGCGAGUGUGAGACAGCUGCAGUGUAAGAGCAUGAACCAUAUAGCAAAAACUGGAAUAAUUAGUUUCAAGAUAAAGCACUUCUUCCCAAAGGGAAUUAUUAUGACCUAGUGAAAAUUAGGCGUUAUCUCCACACUUAGUUACCAACCGCAAAUGUCUCUUUGCACUAGCUCUCAAACUUUGGGUGGACUCUUCCUGCAGAAUAUGUCAUUAACCCGAAAGUCCAUAAUUCCAGUCGAAACCUUCUUUUGCUGAGUUUGAAACACUGUGCACCAUGCGUAUUCCUGCGAGAGGAGACGUCAAAGGGAUGGUUGGGUCCUUGUUGCUACUUUUGCUUUCCUUUGUUAUACAGGCUUUGUGUUGCACUUUUUUCCUCCAGAGGGAUUUUAUAGCACCUUUUGUUGUAAGACAGAAUAAUAGCAAUUGUAUAAAUAUGUAGCUUCUAAUGCAAGCCUUAUCUUGCUUUACCCUCUCUGCUCUCUGAGCGGGUUUACCGUGCACAGGGUAUGAAGCGAUUGUGGAACACUGUGCCUUUGUCUAGACACCUUCUUGUUUAAUUACUUCUUCCUCUGUUGUUGUGUUUCCCUCCAAAUGUCAGUAAACUUUGUCUUGCUUCCAACAACUUGUAAGGCUCAUUACUGGUGGCCACUCUCUCAUCAUGUGUUGCAAUAAAUACUGUUUUUCACACAUCCUAAUAUUGUGAAAUCAGUUGGAGAAAAUGAACCAUAAAAAUUGGCUUGUUGUUCAUUUUCAGUUAUUCAAGUGGACCCGGUCACAGAAACA